AUGCAAUCAAUUAACAUCUUGUUAUUUGUCUUUGCAUCUCUUUCCUUACGCUACGGUGUUGAAGGAAUUGGAGUGAACUAUGGAUUUCUGGGUAACAAUCUACCGCCACCAGCACAAGUGAUCAGUUUCUUGAAAUCCAAAAAUAUACAAAAAAUCCGAAUUUUUUACCCGAACCCGGACGUGUUAAAAGCGCUAGAGAAUUCUGCCAUUUCAGUAAUUCUUGGUACUCGGAAUGAAGAUUUACAAGCACUUGCAAGUGAUCCAAAUUUUGCAACAAAUUGGGUACAAAAUAACGUUAUUCCAUAUGCUUCUCUUCUUGAUUUUACAUACAUUUCAGUAGGUAAUGAAGUGAUACCAGGACCAUUAGCAAGUUUUGUAUUAGGAGCCAUGCAAAAUCUGGACUCAGCAAUUAGAGCCUCUGGUUAUUACAUACCUGUUACAACAACAAUCUCGUUACAAGUUUUAGCAACCUCGUAUCCUCCUUCGAAUGGCGCGUUCUCUGAGGAGGCCGUUCAAUUUCUGCAGCCCAUUGCACAAUUUUUAGCUGCAAAAUAUUAUCCGUUACUGGCUAAUGUCUAUCCUUAUUUUGCUUAUUCUGGAAAUUCUGCUCAAAUUCAAUUAGACUAUGCACUUUUUCUAAAUACGGCUCCGAUUGUAACUGACGGGGCGUUGCAAUACAAAAACUUGUUUGAUGCAAUGGUGGAUUAA